AUGGCUGGUCCAGUCGCUAGCAUCCGCGAAAUCUGCGGGUCGGAUCUGAUCUCUGCUCUCCAUCUCGCUCAACAAGCACCAGCCAUUCUUGGCCAAGAUACCGGGUCAAGGGGCACUUCAUCCAAUUCGGCAGAUACCGCAGAUUACUAUGCACGAUUAGAGCAGCUUCUGUUGGCUUGUCUUCGAACGGGAGACGACCAGUCAGCACAGACCUGCCUGAACAGCCUCAGUCUCCGGUUCGGACCCUCUAAUGAAAGGAUCAUGGGACUUCGCGGACUGUACGAGGAGGCAACUGCCAAGGACCAGUCGGCACUAGAUAAAUGCCUGCAGGAAUACGAAACCACCCUGUCGCAGAAUCCAGUUAAUGUGCCUAUCCUCAAGCGCCGAGUAGCGUUGCUGCGCUCGCUCAACCGGUCUUCAGAUGCAAUUUCCGCUCUUCUUCAACUCCUCGAUGCCAUCCCUACCGAUGCUGAAGCCUGGUGUGAACUGGCAGACUUGUAUCAAUCACAGGGGCUGGGUUCCCAGGCCAUCUUUAGCAUUGAGGAGGCUUUACUCAUUGCCCCUAACUCUUGGAAUAUUCAUUCUCGUCUUGGGGAGUUGUGUUACAUAUAUGCCUCUGACGGAGACGCAUCCCGGCUCCUCGGGAGGUCGGUACAGCACUUCAGUCGAAGCAUUGAGCUUUGUGACGACUAUCUGCGAGGGUUAUAUGGGUUGGCUUUAGCCUCAACUCGGAUGCUCGACAAUGGUUACGCCGGCGUAUCAGGUCAAAGCCCUCCAUCCAAGAAAACCCUGGAACGUUUGAAGGCCUUUGCGCUCCAAAGAUUGGGUGAGAUUGUUGAGUCACGGUCGGUCGAUGACCAACAUUGGGCAUCAAGUCGGAGCGAGCUGAUUGCAGCCAAAGAACUGCUGAAUCGCUAUAAUUGA